AUGUCUCGUCCGAACCGCUCGAGAAACCCUAACGCAAGGCCUUCUCAGAAUCCAACCCAACCUCAACCUCCCGCCGCAAAAGUCACAGACAUUAAACCUCCUGCUUGGCGUACGAGAUGGAGCAAUGCAGCAGACCUCGGGUAUCCUGGCUUUGACCCUCCACGACCCGGACAACCGGAAGAUACUCUCACUGAGCACUAUGUUAAGAAUGGUUAUACUUUCGUAAAUACUGCUCUUGGGAAUGUAGCGAACGAUAGUUUCUCCGCACAUGGUCUCAUAUAUGGUUCUUUAAAGCCCUCCCGCAAUCGGUCUGCUCUCGCCUUACUGGGCGACUUGAUGAGCGCCGUUUUGAAGUACGAACCGAGUCUUCGGCGGGCAUCCCCAUGGCUUGCAGACCUAUCUAAUCCUACUAUUCCACUUUCAAAGCUCGCUAAAACUGUGUUGCAUGUAGCCAAAGGGCCAGAUCUGCUGGACAUGCUUCACGCCAAUAAUGUGGCAAUAUCCAGGGCAGUCUGGUAUGUCAGGAUCCUGGGUGCGAACGAAACAUUAUCGAUCAAAUCACGGCCAAACUACAAUCCUGCGCAACUAGCUAUUGAGUGGGCAGGAACCGUGACAACACAUCUCAAAAAGCAACUCCAGGAGAUUGUACUUCCUAGUGCGCCACGACCCGGACUCCCAAUCAAGUCAACAUUCAAGAGUACCUUGACUCAGGCGGAUACUAAGGCGAAGUGGGUGUCACGAUUCGCAUAUUGUGUAGAACUAAUGCGGGCGUUUUACGUCGAACAUAUGGUUGACCAUGGGGCUGUGUUAAGUUGGUUGAGUGCUCAGGUUCUACCGGCCAAUAUCGCACAAUUCUACUUUGUACUACGGCUGGUGGAAGAGUAUCUUGACGACAUUGCCCAGCAUCGGCUAUUUGCUCAGCCUGUAAUCGAAGGAUGUUUGGCCAAGUUAGUCGAGGUCGAGAGCUCUGUGGUUCCCGAUGUGCUUACUAGCCUUGCAAGCGCAUCUACGCAUGUGCUUCAUAGGCUAUUCUUAUUGAAUCCUGACUACUUUGUCUGCGGUCGUAUUUGGGCCCAGCCAUCAUAUCGUCGGUUGCUCCAAACGAGCUUCCAGGACCGCAUGAAGUUGGUUCUCGGAGAACAUAAAUCAGAUGCGGAAGUAUUGGAUACCAUUGGAACAUUUGCUGGGGUGGCAGCUCGAAACGACGGGCUAUUAUUCCGGCUUUUGAAUAGUAUUGGGCCUGGUACCGAUCUUUCUUGUGCCUCUUACUUCCAACCCGAUGGCUCUGACGACCAAAAACUGUCUGUGCUGCUUACGUGGGCCGUCACACCAUCACAGUAUGGAUCCCAUCGCCGUUCUUGGCCUGUUCCCUUCUUGCAAGGAGAUCAGAGGGGACGAGAUGGCAAGAAGGAAUAUGGAGAUGGCUUGAUGAGAGACGAGGUUCGCGCUGUUGGUAUUUGGGAAAACGACAAGGAGGAAGGUGUCUCCACAAGUGCCGGAAUUGACGAUGCGUCAAAAAUUAUGUGGCACAGUCGGGACGCUGUUGCUCUGCUCGUCGGCGAGUUGAUCGAGAAGGGACUUUUCUCGUAUGGGUGGCAAGGAAGCAACCUGGAAAACCAGAUGGUCAGGGCGGUUUUGCAAGGAGUUGCAGCCAUUAUUAUUAGAAUUAGUGGGACGAAUGAGCCUUGGACCUCUACUACGUUGACCUCUCUUGAGCGUUAUCUGUCUGCCGGGCGGUAUAUAUUGAUGCUGGCCAUCAAUGACUGGCUUUUGGCGACGGUGCAUCAAUCCCUUGAUCAAGGUCUGCAAAUGAGCAGCGAUACCUUUUCCCGAAUUGUACAAAUACUUUCGGCGCGCAAAUGUUUCUCUAGUAUAGCCGAAUUGAUUUUUGCAGUCCUUCAAUCUCCCCAUGGACUCAUGAAUGAGAUUGGCGAAGAGCUCUUCAAGAAACAUCAGGCUUUGCAUUUGGAGCACAAGCACUGUCGCUCGUUAUUCACCCUUCUGGGAUCGCUUUCGUCAGCUGGAUCUCUUCCGGAAAGCGCCCAUCACCAAAUAGAGAGUGAAGUCAAUUUCAUUACCCAGUCAUUACACCCCCAAACCGACGGCACAGUCGAUCCCUCUCUCUCUUCGCCCCAAAUCAAAUCGCUAGUGAACGAUAUUCCACUCGAGCAGGUGGUCAUCAUCGCUGAUGAUAUUUGGUACAAACACCAUGCACUAGAAUCCUGGGCUACGGGGAUAUGGGAUCACGUAUUUGCCUCGCUCUGUACUGUCCCUCAGACUACUCCUGAUUCCCAGAAAUCCGAAAUCGCAUCGCGCUACGUUACAUUCCUCGUUAAACUUAGCAGUCACAGUAUCUCUGGAUUAGACGCUAUAUGCGGGAGUGGCUCAGCACUGUAUCCCACUUGGAGUCUCGCGUCAGGUUUGUCGGAGCCUAGGCCUGCUGUGUCUCGACUCGCCGGACUUGCGAACGAUCUUGCUGAGAGGUUACUCGUGGUAGACGAUGUGCCACCUGCUCCUUCCUUACUUCCUCCGUCCACCCUCUCCGAAGUGCUGGAGCUUAGCGCACGCCGGCUUCCAGCCUCAAAUAAUGCGACUUUCCUGGAUUUUAUCAACAAAUUUCCAUGUCUGGUUGCAAUGGAAAUUCAACCACAUAUCGAACCAGAGGUUCAAGCAUCCAGCUUACCUGGUCAUAAAUCUUCGCCUGUUAUUGAUAGGGUGAAACAAAGGCCCAUAUUGACGAAAUCGAUCCUGGGCCUCGAGCAAGACUCGUCUCGUGCGGAAGCUAAAGAACGUUUGGCCGACUUUUCGUCUAGUUUUUUGGGAGAGCUGCCUUCUCUCGAAACAAAUAUCAAAGACGACUUUUUGUCUGCAUUGCAAACCGCGCUCGAGGCAGUUUUGCUAACGUGGAAACAACCCGACCACUCGGUUGAGCCCCGUAGACCAGAGGUCGCUACGCUGAUAGCUCGACUUAACCAAUUUGCUCUUGGGUUUCCCGAUUCUGGACAAAAGGAACAAACGAAAAGGCUGCCUUCUCUCGAAACAAAUAUCAAAGACGACUUUUUGUCUGCAUUGCAAACCGCGCUCGAGGCAGUUUUGCUAACGUGGAAACAACCCGACCACUCGGUUGAGCCCCGUAGACCAGAGGUCGCUACGCUGAUAGCUCGACUUAACCAAUUUGCUCUUGGAUUUCCCGAGUUCUGGACUAAAGGAACAAACGAAAAGGGUGAAGCAUUGAUUGUAGUUUACUUGCAAAUGAUGAAGUUGGUUAGGCUAUCGGCAAUCCUUCUUUGGGAUCGGCUUAUUCCCAAUCUUGUUGGACACUAUUGCCUUUUUGUUGGAUGGUAA